AUGCCCGACGGGUUGUUGGAGCCACUGGUCCCCAUUGCAAAUCCAGACAAAGCCACUUUAAACAAUCCUGUUGCUGAAACGCCCCGAAUUCUCCGGGCGAGUCUCGGCGAGACUGCACGUGCUCGCGUCUCGGAUGUUCAGCAAUUUCAGUCCUUGUGGCGGGACCCGGAACUGAAGGCUGUCUGGGACAGUGUCGAGCAGCGCAUCAAGGACUCUGAUGGCCAGAUUGUGCAGCCGAGCGGGAAAUGGGACCGAGAUUAUGAUGUCUUGCUGAAGGAAUUGGCGGAAGCAGAAAAGUCCCAGACGGACGAGCGCCAGCGUGAGGAGGAAGAGGCCGAGCGGGCUAAGGUGCAGUCUGGGGAAGGUGGGUGGCAGAAGGUUCUGGAACAAUAUGGUCAGCGCAAUGUACCCGGUGUACGAGUUGCUGAAGAACAGGACGGGAUGUCCUUGGCUGUCGCCCUGAUCAGAGCAGGCGCUGUCUUCUUGGUCAAGGGGGUCUCUGAAUCUGGGGGACCAAUUUCCACAUGGGAAGUCUCAAGCAAGACUGAGGGUCGCGCGCUGACGAAGCUGGAAAUCGCUAUAUUGGACUGUCUGGCGAACCGGCCGAGAAAAUGGGACCUUGCUUUCUUGCUGGAUAUGAUUUCAUCCUAUGGCGAUAUCAAGCACACCCCGUGUGCCAAGUGCAAUCGUCUUACCGACAAUGGUGCCCAACUUCCAACGCUUCGGCGACUCUCUCAGAAUCAACCGUCCGCAGCCACAGAGCCACGGAUAUACUCAUUCGACGCCCUCCACUUGGGCUGUGCUUGA